GGCUACUGUUCAAGGACAAAAUGUCAUUCGUUGUCAAUUAUGUUCAGACCCUGUGGAACACCACUGCAACCUUUGUCGAAUAGACCUCUGCCUCUCAUGCGUACCAACGCACAUGACGGACAAAUCAAAAAAACAUGAAAUAGUCGAAUACACUUCGAGAAAAAAAGAAACUGUCGUUCUUCCAACAUGUCUAACACACAAGAAAAACCGGUGUGAAACUUACUGCAAAGACUGUAAAUUGCCAAUUUGCAUACAGUGUCUGAUGGGUUCACAUAAAAAGCAUGAAUUUACUGAUAUCCUUGAUACUCUUGAAAAAAUGAGGAAGCAAAUUAUUUCGGACACUAAUGAACUACAGAAUACCAUUGUUCCGAAAUAUCAAAACAUAAACCCGACUUUAAAGUUUGAUCAGGUUUUGUCUGCAAUAGAAGAACAAGAAGACAAAAUUUGCAAAGCUGUAUAUGAAGCUAGCAUUAAACUAAAAGACAAAAUUUCUGAAGAGAAAGAUGAAGCUGAAAAGAUGAGCAGAGAAAGUCUUUCUUUAGCAGAUAGAGAUAAAAAGGAAAUAAUGCAAAUCAUUAAAAAUAACAAAGAUAUUAUUAGUGGUAAUGACCCAACGGCGAUAAUAAAUUAUCAAUCAAAAAAUGAGAAGUUUCAACAAGGCCCAAAAUUACCUAGAGUUUCUUGCCCACAAUUACUCCCUGGUACGCUUAAACAAGACCAAAUUGAUCAGAUGAUGGGUUUUCUGAAAGAGGAUAUCUGGAAACAUAUUCCUACAGCUCCUGCUUACAAGUUUUUCACUGCAAACCGGCGUGGUUUAGUAAAUGAUCUUUAGGAUGUCGACCUAAUAACAGUUCAUAAUGUGUGUAAAACAUUUUUUUCGGUACCUGUAAAUGCAAUACGAAAAGGAAACGAGUAAAAACAAAACGAAAUGAAACGAACUCUACCUAAAAGAAACGAAGCAAACUGAAUCGAAACGAAAUCAAUUCAUAAAUGUAAACUUUUUUAAAAUUCUUUCCAGUACUCUGGUGCAAUUUUAUGGAAUACUUUACCGGUGCACAUAGAAAUGUCACCAACACUUAAUGCUUUCAAGAGACAAGUAAAACUUUAUGUAAAACAACGCCAGAAUAAUUUGUGAUUCAUGUUUAUUUGUAUUUGUAUAUUUAUGUAUAUAUUUAUAAAAUGUCUGUAUAUGUAUAACCAUGUAUCUUUAUAUUGUUGAUUGUCAGAAGGCCCUGGGGAAGAAUAGUGCUUGGACUAAUCAGGUUAC